GGGGAAGAACGAGACGCCUGUCCUUGUGCGUGCCGGCACGGAUUUGGACUGAAUCCAGGAUUGGUGACUGUUUCCAGGUACAUCUUCCGAUGACCCGAAACGUUACCGAGUCAUUCUCUUCAGAGAUGCUGUCUGACCCCCAGAGUUACUCUAGGUUUUUUUGUGUCUAUCGUUAACGAAGAGAGAACACGGCUGACUGGGGUUGUCGGACGACGGAGAGGAUUUGGAACCAUGGAGGACUUGAUGCAAGUUUCCCGGCACACCGUCCCCCACUCGUCUCCAAAUUGGUUCGACUUGCUCCUGAGGCAAAUAAAGAGAAUGGUGCCGCUCAAUUUCUGGGAGGAGGUGAAAAGACUAUCCCUGGUGGCUGGUCCGGUGUUUUUGUCACAGCUGUUGGUGUUCCUCAUAAAUAUUGUCAGCACCAUAUUCUGCGGACAUUUGGGAAAAGUCGAACUGGAUGCAGUUUCACUCGCCACAACGGUGAUCAAUGUGUCAGCCAUCUCGGUUGGAUAUGGGAUAGCCUCAACCUGCGACACACUCCUCUCUCAGACACACGGCAGUAGGAACUUGAAGAGAAUCGGUGUGAUUCUACAGCGAGGAAUUCUCAUCCUGAUGAUAUUCUGCUUUCCCUGCUGGGCCCUCCUUGUCAACACUGAGCGCAUCCUGCUGGCAUUCAAGCAGCCUCCCGGGGUGGCCAAGUUAGCAAAUAUAUACGUGAAGAUAUUCUCCCCUGCUCUGCCUGCAAUAUUUAUUUAUCAGCUGGAAGUCAAAUAUCUUCAAAAUCAGGGCAUCAACAUGCCACAGGUCGCCAUUGGUCUCGUGGCCAACAUUAUCAACGCAGUCGUUAAUUUUAUCCUUCUCUACGUGCUACCUCUGGGAAUUCCAGGAUCGGCUGCUGCUAAUGUUAUCUCCCAGUACUGCCAACCCAUCCUCCUGUUUCUCUACAUCCGAUGGAGGAAGCUGUACGUGGACACGUGGGAUGGGUGGUCCAUGGAAUGCCUGCAGGAGUGGGGACAAUUUGUUGGGCUGGCGAUCCCCAGCAUGCUGAUGAUAUGCUUCGACUGGUGGAGUUACGAGAUUGGAGCUUUCCUAGCAGGAUUAAUUAAUGAAGUUGAACUUGGAGCCCAGUGUGUCGUUUAUCAGAUUUUAACAGCAGUAUACAUGAUCGCCAUGGGAUACAGUGUGGCCGCCAGCGUCCAUGUGGGUAAUGCACUGGGAGCCAGACAACCAGAGAAGGCUAAAAACUUGGCCAGAGUUGCUCUAUGCUGCAUUGGAUUCUGUGCGUCGGUGACCAGUGUGAUUCUGGGGGCUGUUGGCUCUAUGCUGGGCAAUGUCUUCACUACCGACAAGGAGAUUAUUUCGCUGGUUGCCGUGGUAUUACCUUUGGUUGUUACGCACCAAUUCUUCGACGCCAUGGUGUGUGUUUGUGGGGGCGUGCUGAGAGGGGCAGGAAAGCAAAAGCUGGGAGCUAUCGUCAACCUGGUGGGAUUUUACCUGAUCGCGUUCCCUGUUGGAAUCUCUCUGAUGUUUGCUGGAAAAUUCGGAAUCUUCGGCUAUUGGAUCAUGAUGUGUUGUGUUGCCACCCAAUUCGCAAUCUUUCUGGUGGUGAUAGACAGAAUCAACUGGACGGAGGCAUCCGAUCAGGCGCUGGUUAACGCGGGCGUGAGGAAAGAUGUGGUCUCCUCUCACGGGGCUGAAACUGGCUCGGCUCAGCACACCUCCACAGAAGUGUGUUCGGGAAACAUUGCGGUCAUUGAGAUCGGUCCUGAGGAGAGUGCAGUGGAGCAACAACAGCGAGAGGAAACCUCCAGCCCCAAGCCGAGUGCUGGCGCUGUUCUGCAAAUGUUAACAGUGAAGCAACUAAUAGUCCGUCGCGGACUUACCUUACUCUCGGGUCUACUGAUACUGGCCAUUGGACUGCUGCUGCAGAUGGUAUAAACUCCUGUCGAGCCUCACACAGCAGCAGGCGGGAUGCUGGCACCCUGAGACCGUGCGAGGAACAACAGCGGCAGGCUUCACCCAACGGACGAAGGAGGACGUGAUGUUCACAGGGUGCGGCCACUACUGCAGGGAGAUUCCGACCGUCGCCAACACCAUCAACAAAGUUGAUAAACUGUUCCAUUUCCAGUUCCAGGAAGUCAAUUCUACUUAAGUUUAGACACAAAGUUC